AGUAAGUUGGUUAGGUAAUCAUACCAUACAACUUCCCCCUUUUUGAGGUAAUUCCUUGUUCCUACUAUGCACAUUUGGAUAGGACCUAGGUAGGUGCUGUGUAGUUACUUACACACUCUAGGCAAGCUCAAAGAUAAAGAUGGGAUAUUGAUGUCUAACGUCUCCCAAAACUUUGGUCUAACUUCCCUCUUACUCUUCUUUCUCACCUUACAUAGGUAUCCGGAUAUCUGUAUUUUUACAACUACUAUAGGUAAUAUGUAGUACUCAGUGGUAUUAUUUACUUCAUACACAAUAAUUACCUACUAUAUGUACCUACUACCUAAUGACCACCUUGAAAACUACCUACUAAGAACCUUGAAUGGGCAAGAGCCAAUGCUAUGGAACCUACAUAAUUCAUUCCUCUGGCUCAUAGGUGGUUAUCACACAUCAACCAUCAUCCUUUACAACCUCCUAUAAGAACCAGCAGGAAUUCCGAAUACACAACCUAUCAGUAUACAUCACAAAUUAAGUGUCUCGACAGGAAGAGGGCAGAGGACGAGACGACAUGCUACCCGUUCUCCUGUUAUGAUAUCCAGAUCACCUACUAGGACGUCCGUAAAGCACAGCGAAGUAAUCAUGGCCGACUACGCGAUGGCAACCUUUACAGCUAUGACGGCAGCCGCCGCCAUCGCAAGCAACUCCGAGGUAGACUGGCACCAAGAACGAAUAUACCGGGCUUGCAUUUCGGACGAGAACUCUCCAUCUUGGCUUCAACAGCAACGACAGCGUGAACGGCCCCCGUUUGCAAGUUCUCGCCCCAGACACAACUAUGGCUACUAUGGCCAGCCACUGUACUACCCUCCUGGCUUACACGAGCACUACGUACACCAUGCCGAGUGCCCAGGAUCGCAAUGCCAUUAUCGGGCCUUUCUCACCGACUCGAUACAGAGAUACAACGAAUCCCGCCUCGCGCUACGCCAAACAUAUGUAGCAAACUUGCGGGACCUGUCGCGCAUGCAUGGGAGACAGCCAAGGAAGCCCCCCAAUGAAAAGCACGAAGAGCUGAGCAGGCUAUAUGCCUAUUACGUCUCGCGCGUGCGCGAAGUUUUUGAAGAGCACCGUCGCGACCAUCGUCGUCUCUUCGGCCAGGACUACCUAUGCUGGGCACAGCCAGAGCGCGAGGAUUUACUUCCCUCCUCCCAAGCCGUCUCGCACGGUCGUAGACGGCGUAGAAAUACUAGCCAUAUGGACGGUACCGGGGAUGACGAUGAGGUCGUCGCACAGGGUAAUGUUUCUACCAUGAUAAUUAAGGAGGGAAGAGAAAAUGACGGGGUGAAUUGCGAGGCACAGGAGGGCUUAUCAGGCGAAGGGGAGUCAGCUGCGGAUUCGGAAAGUCGGCUGACGUAGUUUCUUCCUCUUCUUUUUUAUUAUUAUCUUUGUUUAAGCAGUACCAUAUAUGAAUAGGCCCACCCUCAGGUUAUUAAGAGGUGGAACUCUGACUAUCCAUUUCCAAUGGACGAAAAUGGGGUGGCAUGGAAUUUCUAGGAAAAAGAAAAACAAGAAGAACCCCUAAGAACAUUAAAAAGAGCAAAGAAUUAAUGAAUAGCUCUUAGCUCUAUUGUCGAAUGCGGCGGGAAUCAUUAUUGAUACAAGCAACGUGGACCAUAGCCCAAUCCUUAAAAGCCCCUUAUUAAAUAUAUACUUACACGGCUAGUAGCGAUCCCCCUUCCGAAUGCAAGUCUCCAGUAAUGAACAAGUGUU